GUCUGGAUGGGCUCUACGAGCGUUGUGCUCAGUACAAGAAGGAUGGCGCCGACUUUGCCAAGUGGAGAUGUGUGUUAAAGAUCACCCCCACCACACCGUCCAACCUGGCCAUCAUGGAGAACGCCAACGUACUGGCCCGCUACGCCAGCAUCUGCCAGAUGCAUGGCAUCGUGCCUAUCGUGGAGCCUGAGAUUCUUCCAGACGGUGACCACGACCUGCAGCGCUGCCAGUAUGUGACUGAGAAGGUGUUGGCAGCUGUCUACAAGGCACUGUCUGACCACCAUGUCUAUCUGGAGGGAACACUGCUCAAACCCAACAUGGUGACUGCCGGACACUCCUGCCCCACAAAGUACAGCCCUCAAGAGAUUGCUAUGGCAACUGUCACCGCCCUGCGCCACACUGUGCCCCCUGCAGUGCCAGGUGUGACCUUCCUGUCAGGCGGUCAGAGUGAGGAGGAGGCCACCCUCAACCUGAACGCCAUCAACCAGUGUACACUGCACAGGCCCUGGGCCCUCACCUUCUCCUAUGGCAGGGCCCUGCAGGCCUCAGCAUUGAAGGCCUGGGGAGGCAAGAAGGAGAACGGCAAGGCCUGCCAGGAUGAGUACAUCAAGAGAGCCCUGGUAAGGAGGAAGGAGAAGAGAGAUGCAAAAACAGAGUAAA